AUGGCUUCCAAACAGAUGGUGCAUAUGAAUCAUGGACAAGGCGAAACUAGCUACGCUCACAACUCCAGUUUUCAGAGUGCUGAGCAGAACAGGAUGAAGCCCCUGAUAGAAGCAGCGAUCGUCGAAUUAUGCAGCAACACCACCACCAUGUCCCACGGGAAGAUGGUGAUUGCUGACUUGGGCUGCUCCUGUGGCCCAAAUGCGGUAGCACUGGUGUCCAUCGCCCUCGAGGCCACCCACAGCCACUUUCUUUGGUUGCGGCAGCCACCUCCGGAAGUCUCUGUACUCCUCAAUGAUCUCCCAUACAAUGACUUCAACGCGGUGGUGAAAAGCCUGGUUGCGGUCCGUCAAAUCGGCGAGCCUCUUGUCGUAACUGGUGCUGUGCCAGGGUCAUUCAAUGAGAGGCUCUUCCUUAGUGCCUCCGUGCAUCUUUUCUGUUCAUCCAACAGUCUUUAUUGGCUCUCGAAGGCUCCUGAAGAUUUGAGGAUAAACCAGAUCCCGGCGUAUGACAUUGAUGAGAAUGCCAGGCGUGAAAGACUCCCAGUGGUCGCUGGAGCUUAUGCACAGCAAUUCAGGAAAGAUUUCACGCUUUUCCUGCAGCUGAGAGCCAAAGAAUUGGUCCCGGAAGGCCGGAUGGUUGUUUCGCUCCAGGGGAGGCGUUCUGAUGAGCCCGUCACCGAGAGCUCUCUCAUCUGGGGAACUGCAGCUCAGAUUUUAGGCACCAUGGCCUCAGAGGGUGUGAUUGACAAAGAAAAACUUGAUUCUUUGUACAUACCGGUGCAUGGACCUUCCGACGAAGAGCUGAGAGAGAUCAUCCAAGAAGAGGGCUCCUUCUCAAUCACAGAGAUGCGGGUGCACGACCCUAUAAGCGGCAUGGACCGCGCGCUCCUCACCCCAAACAGGCUGGUGAACAGUCUGAGAGCUGCUUUCGAGCCAAUAAUAGUCCAGCAUUUUGGAUCGCCUGGAGAGAUCAUGGAUGAAUUCGUGAGGACCGGCGAGAAGCACUUGAGCCUGCAGCGCAGGUCACAGGUCAAGCACGCCAGAAACCCGAGAGUUAUGCUGGUUGUAUCACUCACCAAGGCAUGA